GGUUGGAUCAGUCGCAUCUCGCUAUUCGUGCAGGGAGUUGUAUACGAGUCGCUUUCUGUAAUACGUAUACAAAGCAUAGCCUGAAGAAGAAAACGAUGCGCUAUUAUCAAAAAAUGAAAAACUGAAAGAGAAGAGUGAAAGAAAAAGAGGGAAGGGUGAAAGAAAGGGAAAAGAGAGAGAGCGGGAAUAAGAGGAAGAGAAAAAGAGAAGAGCGUAAAGAGUCAAGCUUCUUGCCGACUUAACGUGAAAGACCGUGUAUCUUCAGUGCAUAGCGUAGAAACGCACGGUGUCUCUCGUAACCGGCAUAUCACGACGCGCGCACCGGCAAUCGCCUUUGUCUGUCCGCCACACUACGCAAAUUCCGAGUGACAAAUAUCGCUAAAUAUGUCAGACGACAAUUCACCUGUUGUGGAAGAACAGAAAAAAAAAAGAGGUCGGCCAGCGAAAACAGAUAAGAAUACUGUUAAAGAACCAAAAAAGAGAGGUAGACCAACUUCAGAAAAAUAUAAUGCAGUACGUGCAACAAAAUCUGAUAAUGAGGAUGAUGCCCCACCAGGACCUGUUAAAAAGGGUAGAGGUCGACCGAAAGGUUCGCAUAAGAAAAAACAAGGACCUCCAAAAGGCAUAGCUCCUUCAGGUCGAGGACGUGGUAGACCAAAAAAAGUAGAAGAGAAACCUGAAAGUACUGGAGAAGAAGAAGAUGAACAGGAAGAGGAAGAAGAAGAAGAGGAAAAUUGAACAAUAUGAAAUCAUCUGUUUUAUCUAAAACAUUUUUGCUAAUUAUUCAAUCUUUGUGUUAAAAUUAUUUUUUAUAUUAUUAUGAAAAUAUCAAAAAGUAAAUUUAGUGAGAAUGAUAAAUAAUUUCCUAAAAAGAAAGAUUUUGUAUAUUGAAAAUUAUUUGGGAUAUUAUAUAUUUGCAUAUUUCACAUUUGGAGAAGUGAUCGUAAAUGUAUAAAAUAUAUGAAAUAAUUUUAGUCCACUAAAAUACUUUUUGUAUUAUGUAUUGUUCUUUAAUUGCAAGAAAAUGUAAGUUCUAAUCGCGUCAAGUUUUCAUCAAGAUAUCUAUGUUUCAUAAAUUAAUUUAAAAUUCCUAGAUGCAUUUAAAAUUUUUGUAUUUUAUAAGGUAUAUUAUAUGGUCUUGCAUCACUUUUCCACUACCUCCUCUACUUCUAUAUCUUAUGCUAUAAUUCUAUAACACAAGAUGAUGUACCAUUAUAAGAGAUAGAACACAAACAAGGGAAUAUUAGCAUUUUUGAAACAAGCAUAUGUGUGAAUGUCAAAUUUGUAUUAAAGUAAAUAAAUUCAUGAAAUACUCUUAUUA